UCCCCACCGUUUAGUUGGCGGCGAAAUUGAGGCAGGAGUAGUUGGUUGUAUUUCUUCGUUGUGCGAAAUUCAAUUCGUGGUGUUCGAAGGCAUUUAUAUCGUCUCGCUUUAAGGAAUUUAACUGUCAUAUGGCAAUAAACCCAUCAUUCCUUUGAAAUAUGAAAGCAGCACACCUAAAGGAUAAAUAGUAGUUUUCUUUUUACGACCUAACGGGCGAAUCAUGUAGCUUUGAAAGAGAGCCACAAACAGCAAAAGGAUUUGAAUAUUUCCAAACAAUAGCGUCAUCAGUGGGUGCGCGCGAGACUGUUUUAACCAUAAAUUGAUGUGUGCGUGUGUGUGGAUGUGUGUGUGCGCGCCUUCAAAUUGUUGCUGUCUGUGUGACAUAAACGACAGGAUACUUGUCAAGAAAUGAAGGAUUAAUAAUUUACUCAAACAUUGUUGAUAUCAAUCGGUUCGUUACAAGCAACAGUUGAGGAAUAAAAUAUUCAAUAUGUGAAUAUAGUGACCGGAAAAUUUUGUGGCCAAACGAGUGGAACAUAAUAAUAACAACAACAACGAUAAAUUAAUUAAGAAAAUAAGAAGCCAAAAAAAUUGUGGCCUUAACACAAAGAAAUGAGAAAAAAUUCAAUUAAUUAAUUAAACAAAAAAACCCCAAAGGGAAAAUAAUUUGAAGCAAACAAUUUUUUCUUUGUUUAAAAUUUGUUGUGUAUUUUUCGCGUUUUUUGUGAAAAUUUUUGUUUUUAGUUAUUCCAUUGGCCCGGCUAAAAUAAACAAAUCCACAAAACAAAACAACAAAAAAAAUAAUGUUUUCUCGAAAUCAAAAACAAAUCAAUUCCAAAAAUAUCGAACACCCAACAAUGCUAACGUCGCUCCUGCUGUUGCUGAUGUUGGCCCCAUGGUGUGUGGGUGCCCAGUACCCUUGCGCUUUUAUGGACACCGUAAAUAUAACCGGUAGCUAUCCUCAUGAGACCCAUUUGGCCAGCAGCAGCAGCAGUGGCGAAGAAUUGACCUCCAACCACAGUUACAUUUACAAAUGGAUGGUUGUGCCACCGGAUUUGGUGGCCAUCUAUGACUUCAUCAUGGUCAAUGGGCAGCGUGUGAAUACGGCCCGUCAUCUGAGGGCUUGUGUGUGCAAACUGAAACCCUGCAUAAGAUUCUGUUGCAAUCCUGGCUUCUAUUACAACUUGCAGGACAAUGCCUGUCAAUCGCUACCCAGCAACGAUACAACAAACCUUGAUCAACAAGCAAUGCCCGUGCGUUUUGGAAAUGGUUCGACGAUAGCUGUUAACUCCAGUUCACAUUUUUUGGUAAAUAUUGGUGCACCCUGCGAAAAUAUGAGCCUGGUUUUGAAGGACAAUAAUCGAGUUAAUUGGUUGCUAUACGAAAAUGGUUCGAUUAUACACAAGCAGCGUUACUUCUCGAAACAUUAUUGUUAUUCGCCACUAGCGACGCGAAAGGGUAAAGAUGACGAGACUUUCGUUUGGCAUUGGGAGCCAUUGACAUGUGUUCCGGAUAGAUUCCCCUUUACGUUGGGUGUACGCGAAUGGACUUAUGCGAUAUGUCUCAUCAUUACGGUCAUCUGUAUGAUAAUUGUACUCUUCAUGUAUCUGCUGUGCACAGAGUUGAGAAAUACAUUUUACGGCGUUGCCAUAAAAACAUACACUCUAUGCAUAAUAAUUGGAUAUUCUCUAUUGGCCCAUUUGACAUUGACCAAUCCGAUGGAUAUGACAAAAUAUGCCUGUAGCAAAAUACCUAUUUUUGCAAUGCUCUACUUGAUUCUGUCGUUUUAUAUUUUAACUUUUAUCAGUUUUAAUUUUUAUUUGAGUUUCUUUGGCAUUCUGUUGAGUAAGCUGAUGUUUUGGUUUAUGUUCUUUCCCACGGUGCUGAUCACGGCAUGCUGGUCCUUUUUUGUCAGCUAUACCAGUUACAACAAUCGGCCGGUGUUUGGUAGCGAUAUUUGUUGGUUUGAUCCACGCAACUAUUCGAUUAUUGUCUACUUCUAUGCACCGAUUUUACUGGCAUGUAUUUUCAGUGGAAUUUUUUAUAUUCUAUCUUUGUUGAGAAUAGGCGAAAUGACAAAUGGAGAUUCGAGUAAAAUGUCCGUAUUUACAACUCAUAAUUGUUUCCAAUCAUUUUGGAUAUUUGUCGGCUAUACCCUGUUCGCCUGGCUCGUCUGCAUUUGUUCGUUUGUAAUCAACUAUUAUCGCAGGGAUUACACACAUAUCAACUAUGUGGUAUGUCUUUUUGUGGCCUUUCAUGGUUUCGGUGCCAUGUAUGCAUUGUUGGGUAAGAAUCAACAGGUCCAGCAGUUUUUGCGACGCAUUGACGAUGAUAUGGAUAACGAUGACAUGGCCGAAAUAUCCGUACCAAUGACGACAUAUUCCUAAGGCGGAAGUGUUUCUCUAGUCAUUGCAGUUAUAAUCAGAAGAAACUAUGUGUAGUCAUUGUGUAGUUUAAAGCUAAAAAAAAUAUCAAUUUCCGCUAAUAAAUUUCUGAAUAAAAUCUAUUUAUUCAGCAAUUUUGUAGUAACAAGA